AUUGGCUUCUUUGAUGUUAAGACAAGAGACAAGGCUGCCAUGGAAGUGAAAGAACGCAGACCCUACCGCUCCUUGACCUCCAGGCGGGACACGGAGCACCUGUACACCAGCUCCUCAGCUGACAGCGAGGACGGCAAGCUCAACCCCAAGUCCUACAGCUCCAGCGAGACCCUCAAAGCUUUUGACCAGGACUCCCGAUUGGGCUAUGGCAGCCGGGUCAAAGACAUGGUGCACCAUGAAGCCGAUGAGUUCAGCAGGCAAGGGACGGACUUCUCUCUCAGAGACCUGGCUUUUGGAGAACCCAUGCCGCCCCAUAUGGCAGCAUACAGGACAGAAAUGGGCCUUCCCCACCGCGACUACUCUGUGAGUGUGGGAUCAGACGCUGACACAGAAACGGAUGGCAUCAUGUCCCCCGAGCACGCUGUCCGACUCUGGGGCCGGAGUAACACCAAAUCCGGCCGCAGCUCUUGCCUUUCCAGCAGAGCAAACUCUAACCUCACCCUUACUGACACCGAGCAUGAAAACACAGAAAACGGUGAGUUCAAAUGUCUGUAUGCUCUCUUCAUGACUGAGAGCUGGAUUACGGUGCCAGGCACAGAGGGAUGUCUCCAGUUUAGCACCACGUCAGUUCAGAUUGAAUGUGUGAUGCCCCUUUUAUAUCAGAGUCAAAGUCUACAUAUAGAAAUCAUGUGUGGUUUGGAGAGGUGGAUUUUGUGACAUUCUAGUUUGUUUUUUUUAAAUGCUCUUCUGCAAUGAU